AAAAACGGGGGGAGGGGGGCGCCAAACGUCAUGACUGUGCGACGACCACGUGCAGUCAGCACGACCGGAAGUAGGCUGCUUGUUGUCACUCUUCCCAGUGUCGGGUUGAAGUGAUUAGAGUUGAGGGAGUUUGAGGAGGCAUGGAAGCGUCGGAGGAGAGCAGCGACGGUCCGGCAGUAGAGCUUGUUCCUCCGCGGGCCGGGAGCGCGGCGCCCUGGUGUCCGCACGGGCCAACUUUACUUUUCCAGAAGGUCAGUAAAGGUACCAAAAAUGGGCGUCGGUUUUAUGCAUGUUCCGCCUGUCGGGACAGGAAGGACUGCAGCUUCUUCCAGUGGGAAGAGGAAAAGGUGUCAGAGACUCGGCUGCAGGCUCAAGAGGCAGAAAGGCAGUCAAAGAUGUCUCCGUUUACACAGCAGGAGUGCCAUGACAGGCUUCAGACGUUUUCCUCCCUUCCUAUCGGAGAGCAGAAGUUCUGCGUGGACUGUCAGGUUCUUCUGCUGCCUGCCGAGCACAGAGUUCAUUCUUCUCACAGAACCACAGAGGUGGGAGACGUCCAGCUGAGGAGGCCCAGUAUGCUGCUGCGCCCGCUGGACAACAAGAAGAGCCACGCUCAGUACAUGUUCACCGACCGCAGCACAAGCUUUCUGCUGGAUGCUCUGACUGCUUUGGGUUACAGGAAGGUGCUCUGCGUAGGAACCCCCAGACUGCACGAAGCGAUCAAGCUGAGAAACCUGAAGCAGGACCACAAACCAACAAAGAGUCUGUUGCUGGACAUCGAUUUCAGGUACGCCCAGUUCUACAGUCAGGAGGAGUUCUGCCACUACAACAUGUUCAACCAUCACUUCUUCGAUGGAGAGGCUGCCUCUGACGUCCUGAAUGCCUUCAUCAGAGAGGACGGGGGAAAGGUGGUGAUGGUGGCCGACCCUCCAUUCGGGGGCCUGGUGAAGCCUCUGGCCAGCAGUUUCUCACUGAUAUCACAGAGAUGGCAGGAGGGGCACAAGUCUGCUGAUGGUCACACGGACAUGCCGAUGCUGUGGAUCUUCCCAUACUUCUUUGAGCCUCGUAUCCUGGGCUGCCUGCCUUCUUUUACGAUGCUGGACUACCAGGUGGACUAUGACAACCAUCCUCUGUAUAAACAUGGUAAAACAGGAAGAAAGCAGUCUCCUGUACGAAUUUUCACCAACAUUUCAGCUAAAAAAGUAGUCUUGCCCAAAGAGGAGGGCUACAGGUUUUGCGAUACGUGUGAGAGGUACGUCAGCCCUCUGAACAAGCACUGUGCUAAGUGCAACAUCUGUCCUUCAAAGGAUGGCCGUGAGUGGAAGCACUGCCCAGCCUGUGACAAAUGUGUUAAGCCUUCUUGGAAGCACUGCAGCUUCUGCAGCCGCUGUGCUCUACCAGACCAUCCUUGUGGAGCUGGCCCACAGAGAGAGGGCUGCUUCAGCUGUGGCAGCCUGCAGCACAAACGCAGAGCCUGUCCUCUGAAAGAUGGGCGUGGACUCAGCAGGACUAAAGUCAAAUGCAGGGGUGUCACGUUUUCUCCUCGUCAGAAGGCCAACAGGACAUCGGCAGUGGCUCAGCGGCCCAAGAGAGGAUCGGCUCAGAUUAAAUGAAGCAGUGUUACUAUUGCACUCCUUACUGUUGACUGCUGUGUGAAUAAAGCGAAAGCUGAGACGA